GCUUAACUAUUCACAAGCUCUGGAUUCUCGCUGCGUUAGCAAACCCAGGGAGCACUCGGUAGAAUAUGUCCUGGUAUGCUUUAUGUAUCGGGUAUCACUCUACAGUGCAAGCGUUCUUCUGAGGUUUGUUGGCUGGUGCCAGCCCCUGUGGGGGUGAAACAAAGGCGCCAUGGGGGCAGGAAGACAGGUCAAACUCCUGCUGUGGAAGAACUGGACCAUCCGCAGGAGGCAGAGGAUGCGUUUCCUGAUGGAGAUCAUGUGGCCUGUUAUGCUGUUCAUGGGGCUAGUGUGGCUAAGACGAGUGAAUCCACUUUACCGUCAACAUGAAUGCCACUUCCCAAACAAGGCCAUGCCCUCCACAGGGGUCCUGCCGUGGAUCCAGGGGAUCUUCUGUAAUGCCAACAACCCUUGUUUUCAAUACCCCACCCGGGGUGAAUCUCCGGGCCUGGUGUCCAACUACAACAACUCCAUAUUGGCUCGGUUCUACACGGAUGCCCAGGAGCUUGUUUUCAGCGACCCCGAGUUUCAGCAGCUUGAUCGCCUCUGGAAGGAACUGAAUGCUAUGAGUAACUUCAUGGACACCCUGCGCAUGCAUCCUGAGCAGGUCUCAGGCCGAGGAGUAAAGGUGGAGGCCAUCCUUAAGGACGACGAGACGGUGACAUCAUUCCUGCUGAGAGACGUUCCUCUGGCGGAGUCUGUGGUGUAUCAGCUAGUCAAUGCCCAAAUCAGGCCUGAACAGUUUGCCUUUGGGGUCCCGGCCUUGCAUUUAAAGGACAUCGCCUGCAGCGUGACCCUACUGGAACGAUUCCUCAUCUUCCCCAGCCGCAGAGGACUCUCCGCCGUUCGCAGUGCCAUGUGCGUCCUAACCCCACAACGGCUGCAGCUCAUUGAGGACAAAUUCUACGCCAAUGUCGACUUUUUCAAGCUCUUCAGGCUGCUUCCUCUCGUGCUCGACAGCCACUCCGGAGGCGUUGAGAUCCAGCUGUGGGUCCGGGUCGUCUCGGCGGUCUCGGACAGACUGCGAGAGUUGUACCAGAGGAACAGCUCCAGGGAGCUUCUCCAGGUCCUGACUCCUCUCUUCCAGAACAAUCUGUCCUUCAGGCAGGUGAUGGCCGCUGCCUCCAGCCUGGUGUGUGGCUACACUGAGGGCGCUUUCUCCCGGGUCACUUCCUUUAACUGGUACGAGGACAACAACUACAAAGCCUUCCUGGGCAUCAGCGGCGGCAGGGCACGGGGCCAGUACACGUACGACAACAGCACCACUCCUUUCUGCAACGAUGUGAUGAAGGAGCUGGAGUCCGACCCCGCCACCCGGAUUGUGUGGAACUCCGUCAAGCCCAUGGUGAUGGGACAGAUCCUCUACGCCCCCGACUCGCCUGCUGUCAGGCAGAUCAUACGCAACGCAAACAUGACAUUUGAGGAACUGGAGAGGCUGAGGACGAUGGGGAAGGCCUGGGAGGAAGUGGCUCCUCAGAUCUGGGCUUUUUUCCAAGAUGGAGUCCAAGUCAACAUGAUCCGGGACACCAUCUGCAAUCCGUCGGUGAUGGAUUUCAUUGACAGGAGUCUAGAGGAGGCGCCGUUCUCCUCCAAACACAUCCUCAACUUCCUGUACAACGGGCCACCAGAGGACCGCCCGGCCGACGUGCCUGACUUCGACUGGCGAGACAUCUUCAACCUCACUGACCGGGUCAUUCGCAUGCUCAACCAAUAUGGGGAUUGCGUCCUCCUGGAUAAGUUUGUGGCUGUGCCUGACGAGGACGCCGUCACUUACCGGGCCAUGGACCUGCUGGAGGACAGCAAGUUCUGGGCGGGCCUUGUCUUCGUAGAUAUGCACCCUUGGACCACCAAUGUCCCGCCUCAUGUUAAGUUCAAGAUCCGUAUGGAUAUUGAUGCAGUGGAGCGCACCAAUAAGGUCAAAGACAGGUAUUGGGACCCUGGCCCCAGAGCCGAUCCAAUGGAUGACUUCCGCUAUGUUUGGGGCGGCUUUGCUUACCUCCAGGAUAUAAUAGAGCAUGGCAUCAUCAAGACUCAGACUGGAAAGGAGUGGCCACUGGGUGUUUAUCUACAGCAGAUGCCCUACCCUUGUUAUGUGGAUGAUCUCUUCAUGCUGACAUUGAACCGCUGUUUCCCCAUCUUCAUGGUACUGGCCUGGGUCUACUCUGUGUCCAUGAUAGUCAAGAGUAUUGUCCUGGAGAAGGAACUCCGCCUGAAGGAGACCCUGAAGGCCAUGGGGGUCACCAACGGCGUCAUCUGGUCCACAUGGUUUAUUGACAGCUUCCUCAUGAUGGGCACUAGCACCGCUCUCCUCACCGCAAUUAUCAUAGGAGGUAGGGUGCUGAACUACAGCAACGGCGUCAUCCUCUUCCUUUUUUUGCUCACCUUCACUACGGCUACCAUCAUGCAAUGCUUCCUCCUCAGUGUCUUCUUCAACCAGGCCAACCUGGCAGCUGCCUGCUGCGGCAUUGUUUACUUCGCCCUUUACCUCCCGCACAUCUUCUGCUUCGCCUGGCAGGACCGCAUCACCAAGGACAUGAAGAUCUCGGUGAGUCUGCUGUCCCAAGUGGCUUUUGGCUUCGGGACGGAGUACCUGUCCCGGUACGAAGAGCAGGGCGUGGGUCUGCAGUGGGACAACAUCCAGACCAGCCCUCUGGAGGGGGAUGAGUUCAGCUUCCUCACCUCCAUCUGCAUGAUGGGCCUGGACACUGUGCUGUAUGCUGUGCUGGCCUGGUACCUGGACAGUGUCUUCCCUGGCCAGUAUGGAAUUGGUCGACCGUUUUACUUCCCCUUCCUGCCUUGUUAUUGGAUCAACAGUGUGACUCCAGCAUCAAACAACAACAAACUGGAGUUGAAUAAAAGAGGUUUUCAUCACCUGGCCAACAAAGAGCAAGGAGAGCAGCAGAAACGAGAGGAGGAGGAGGACCAGGACCAGGAGAAUGACCCGGAGACGGCCCCGACUCUGGAGGAGACAGAGUCAUGUGAACACCUGGAUCAGCGUGACGGGCUGGAGAAGGAGAACCAGGCUGAGGCGGAGCAGACCCAGGACACAGACGGUCAGCCAUUCUUCGAAGCAGAGCCAGCUGACCUGGUGAAGGGUGUUUGCAUCCAGAACCUGGUUAAGGUGUUUGGCAAGAGCUCGGCACCAGCCGUGGAUGGCCUUAGCAUCAGCUUUUAUGAGAGCCAGAUCACUGCCUUUCUGGGCCACAAUGGUGCUGGGAAGACCACAACCAUGUCCAUAUUGACCGGUAUGUUCCCGCCCACCUCCGGGACCGCCACCAUCUACGGCAAGGACAUCCGCACGGACAUGGACACCAUCCGUUUGUCUCUGGGAAUGUGCCCUCAACACAACACCCUUUUUCAGCAUAUGACCGUAGCAGAACAUAUCCUGUUCUACUCGCUGCUGAAAGGCCGCCCAGCAGCGGAGGCCGGGGAGGAGGUGGAGAACGUGCUGCAGGAUCUGGGUCUUCCCCACAAGAGAGACGAGCUGACCCAGAACCUCUCAGGGGGCAUGCAGAGGAAGUUAUCCGUUGCUUUGGCGUUUGUUGGGGGGGCCAAGGUGGUGAUCCUAGAUGAGCCCACUUCCGGGGUGGACCCCUACUCCAGGCGCUCCAUUUGGGACCUGCUGCUCAAAUACCGUGCAGGGCGCACAGUGAUCAUGUCCACCCACCACAUGGACGAGGCCGACCUGCUGAGCGACAGGGUGGCCAUCAUCUCUCAGGGUCGCCUCUACUGCUGCGGCUCCCCCAUCUUCCUCAAGAACUGCUUCGGCGCUGGCUUCUACCUCACCGUUGUGCGACGAAUGAAACAUGACACUCCAAAGCAGGCCAGCUGCGACCGAGCAGACGACUGCUCCUGUAAUUGUUCCAAGUGUUCAAAGUUCAAAGUGGACCAGGAGGAGAGGCAGCCUCCAGACAGACAGAUGGACGGUAACAUGGAACGCAUCACCGGCCUGAUCCACCAUCACGUGCCGCAGGCCCGUCUCAUCGAGGCCAUCGGCCAGGAGCUGACCUACCUGCUGCCCAACCGCAACUUCAAGCCCAAGGCCUACGCCAGCCUCUUCAGGGAGCUGGAGGAAACCCUGGUGGACAUCGGGCUCAGCAGCUUCGGGGUGUCCGACACAUCGCUGGAGGAGAUCUUCCUAAAGGUCACUGCUAAUGGGAAUGCAACCAACAAGAAAUGCAUACCAGACAAGAAGUCAUUGCGACAGAUCUGUCGAGCUAGUCUCUGUGGAGACAACAGAGCGGCGGUUGGUAUGGAACCACCAAAAGAGACCGAUGGGGCUUUGCACACUAAUGGCCAGGGCCCGUGUGAUGUCCCAGAAGGCAGUGCGGGCAGGGGAUCCUACCAGGUCAGAGGCCUGUGUCUGACCAUCAAACAGUUCUUCGCUCUGCUGAUCAAGCGGUUGCAUCACGCGAUGCGCUCCUACAAAGACUUCUUUUCCCAGAUUGUGCUGCCUGCCAGUUUUGUUUUCCUGGCACUGACCUUCACUCUGAUCGUUCCACCUUUUGGAGAGUAUCCGAGUCUGACUCUCAGUCCCUGGAUGUAUGGCAGACAGUACACCUUCUUCAGUAAUGAGCGUCCCAUGGAUGCUCCGAUGCGAUACCUUGGUGAGGUGCUGUUGGACAAGCCCGGCUUUGGGACUCGUUGCAUGGCAGAUGAACCACUGGAAGAUUUUCCAUGCAACAACAUCACCACGGAGUGGGAGAUGCCCCUGGUUAACCCCGUCCUGAUGGACAUGCUGGCCGGCCCCGAAUGGAGCUCCCUCAGGCCGUCUCCAGACUGUCAGUGCAGCACACCCAGGAAACUCAGCAUGCUCCCUGUAUGUCCUGCGGGAGCUGGAGGCCUGCCACCUCCACAGAGGAUCCAGUCAACAGGAGAUGUUCUCAUGGACUUGACAGGCAGGAACAUCUCGGACUACCUGGUGAAGACCUACCCCACUCUCAUUAGUACCAGCUUGAAGAGCAAAUAUUGGGUGAAUGAACAAAGGUAUGGAGGCAUAUCAGUGGGAGGACAGCUUCCUGUUUUAGAGGUGCAGCCAAAGACCAUCCAGGAUCUAGCAGCACAGCUGGGACGACUGCUCAAUGUUACUGGGGGCAAAUACUCCAAACAAAUGCUGAAGGACAUGGGGACGUUUCUCAGGUACAUGGAGACUCCCAACAAUGUCAAGGUGUGGUACAACAAUAAGGGCUGGCAUGCCGUGGUUUCUUUCAUGAAUGUGGCCAACAACGCCAUCCUCCGUGCAAACCUGCCCAAAGGAGCUAACCUGGAUGAAUAUGGAAUAACCGCCAUCAACCAUCCUCUGAAUCUGACCAAAGAACAGCUCUCUGAAAUCACUGUCCUGACCACUUCAGUGGAUGCAGUGGUGGCCAUCUGUGUCAUCUUUGCCAUGUCCUUCGUUCCAGCCAGCUUCGUCCUCUAUUUAAUCCAGGAGAGAGUCACUCAGGCCAAACACCUGCAGUUUGUCAGUGGUGUCAGUCCAUUGGUCUACUGGAUGGCCAACUUCCUCUGGGACAUAUUGAACUACUCCAUCAGUGCAGCGAUGGUGGUGGAAAUUUUCAUCUUUUUUGAUAAGAAGUGCUUCACCUCCCCAACCAACCUCCAACCACUCAUUUCCCUGCUCAUGCUUUAUGGCUGGUCUGUGAUACCCAUGAUGUACCCCAUGUCCUUUAUAUUCAGUGUUCCCAGCACAGCCUACGUCUCUUUGUCAUGUAUCAACCUCUUCAUCGGCAUCAACAGCAGUGCCAUCACCUUCAUCCUGGACCUUUUUGAAGGCACCACAGCUCUGUACAAGUUCAACCAGCUGUUAAAGACCCUGCUGCUCGUUCUCCCCCAUUACUGCCUGGGCCGAGGUCUCAUAGACAUGGCCAUGCACCAGGCUGUGACUGACACCUACGCUCGCUUUGGUGAGGACUACAGCCCAGACCCGUAUAACUGGGACUUUAUUGGAAAGAACUUGUUCUGCAUGGCUGUUGAAGGAUUUGUCUAUUUCAUCCUUAACAUUCUAUUCCAGUAUCGCUUUUUCCUGGAUCACUGGAUAUCAGAUUGCCCAAAGCCUCCUAUUUUGGGCGAAGAUGUAGAUGUGGCAGAGGAAAGAGAGCGACUCUCUCAGAGUGAAAAAACAAAUUACAUAUUACGCGUACGUGACCUAUCCAAGACAUACAGAGGAACAAUCAUCCCUGCAGUGGACCGAAUCUGUGUUGCUAUUCCACCUGGAGAGUGUUUUGGUCUACUGGGGGUGAAUGGAGCAGGGAAGACCACAAUGUUUAAGAUGUUGACCGGAGACAUUGACGUCACCUCCGGAGAGGCCUCAGUCGCUGGUCACAGCAUUUUAACCAACAUCCUGGACGUCCACCAGAACAUGGGAUACUGUCCACAGUUUGAUGCCAUAGACGAGCUGCUGACAGGUAGAGAACAUCUGCACCUCUACGCUCGUCUCCGUGGAGUUCCGGAGCCGGAGAUCAGCCGGGUUGCAGAGUGGGCCAUCCAGAAGCUGGGUCUGUCAGAGUACGCAGGCCAAAGUGCUGGGACCUACAGUGGGGGUAACAAGAGGAAGCUCUCCACAGCCAUCGCCUUCAUAGGCUGCCCUGCACUGGUGCUGCUGGAUGAGCCCACUACAGGCAUGGACCCUCUCUCUAGACGCUUCCUGUGGAACUCCAUCAUGAGUGUAAUCCAGGACAGACGAGCAGUGGUCCUUACCUCGCACAGUAUGGAGGAGUGUGAGGCGCUGUGUACCCGCUUAGCAAUUAUGGUUAAUGGAUCCUUUAAGUGUUUGGGAACCAUUCAGCAUCUCAAAUACAAGUUUGGUGACGGCUACGUGGUGACCAUGAAGAUCCGGACAGCUAAGCCCGGUUCGGCCGUAGAUCUGAACCCUGCCGAAGCCUUCAUGGAGAGCACCUUCCCUGGCUGCAUCCAGUGUGAGAAACACUACAACACUCUACAGUACAAGAUCUCCUCGUCCUCACUGGCUAGGAUCUUUCAAAUGGUCCUGGUUAACAAAGACAAGCUCAACAUAGAGGACUACUCCGUGUCUCAGACCACUCUUGACCAGGUGUUUGUGAAUUUCGCCAAGCAGCAGUCAAGAGAGGAUGACGCCAUUGUGUUGCAUCCAAAAGCGGCUGGGGCACAGCGAUAUAUUGAAGGUGCAUCCUUCAAGUCUUUGAAGAAGUGAACUUAAGUCAAUGAGCUCAACUGGAAGACAGUAGAAAGUCUUUUUUAUUUUAGGGGCCGCCGUGUCCGAAGAAUGCGCCCUAUGGAUGUGUGUGUGCACAGAACUGAAAGGUAGUCAGGAGAACUCCAACCUCCUCUUCAAAUGAGACCGUCUAUAGGAGAUUCUCUGCAAUGUCAUCAUGGCGUCUUGCAGAGGUUGCAGAGGAUGAAUCCAUUUUUUUCCUCCAUACUUGAGCAAAGAUGUCUGUCAUUCUCAUCGUCAUUUGGAGUCUUUGGAACAGGGCAGUGCUUGUUGAGCCAUUAUGUGGCGUUACCUUGAAAUGCAGUUUGUAAAGGAGGCAGCCCCUUAAAUAGGACAUGACAUGUUAUGUUUGACGGUACUACUUUGCUUUUCCAGUGACCAGGGUUAGUGUGGAGCAUUUCUGUGCCUGCUAUAUGUUCCUCACUCCGCUCACCUUCUAGGCCUUGCAAGUUAAAUGAAACGGAGCUUGAGAUUUAUGACAAGGACCAUGACUUUGAUUGAUGACAUGUCAAAAAAGUUCAGUAUCAAGUUGUAAUCGGAAUGUGAUGAAAGCAUAGGUCCUGUGUAUUUUUUUUUGCUUCAGAUGCCAAGUGAGAUCAUCUUUUUUUUGCCUUCUUUAGAUAUGUGAAAUAAGCACUCCGAGAAGCAAAGCAUCGGCACUUUAUUGACGCAGUUUUAGUUGAAGCAUCAUCAUUUUUAAGAUGUUCUACUAGUGCAAUACAGCCCAUGAUUUUCAUGAAA